CCAGUUUUUGUAAAUAGGGUCGCAAAAUUGAAUUUUCUCCUAUUCUACAGUUUCCACUGCAGAGUUUCUGAACACAGCUGAACUGCCUGAAGAAAAUGACCAGUCAACGAAAUCAAAAUGGGGGACCAAAAAGAGUGAAGACUAAGGUUCUUGCAAACUUAGAUUAUCCUGAAAUCAACAAUGCUUUGUUUCACACACUGAAUGUUGCCAAGAGCAUAAAUCCAAUUUUCUAUGGGUUCUCCUGCCAUGACAGAGGAGGGACUCUGGAAAUGUAUAGGACCAGAAACCAACCCAUUCCAGGUUUGCCGGUUUGCUUCAAUUCUAUCCUGUGCCACUUUAAAGACAGAUGUGCCAAUACAAAAACCCAGAUUUGCACCAGGACAACUACUUUUGGAAUGUACGUCAAGCAAAAGUAUGAGUGCAUCAUGCAGAUUUUACGAGGAUCCAUAGUUUUUCAGCUUGAAUUUCAGAAUGCAGAAGGUUACCAGAGAUAUCUGAAUGACUUCCAUAAUGGGACUUUGAAGCAGGAGAUAAUAGAUUUCUUCAAGGACUGCUACAAGGAUUUUGGUCUGGAUCCAGAUGACCUGGAGUUUAAUGUCUCUUUAGAGGAUUUGUCUGGAAAUCCAGAAGACAACAACAAUCUGCCAUUUUCUGACAGGAAUCUGACAAGCCAGAAUGAAAAUACAGCAGCCCCUGGGGAGCAGGUCAUGGAAAUAUCUCCAUCAGAACAGGCAGCAAGAAAGCAACAUGAUGAUUUAUUGGAGGAAAUAUCGAAAGAAUUCCUCGGCGAAGAUAUUGAAAAUGGUCAAAAUCUACGGAAAUUCAAGAAAAAUGUCAUGCACAUGUUUCCAGAACUUGAAGUGGAAAGUCUGUCUGUUCCUGAAAUUUUCAGUGUCCUUGAUGACAAAGGUCACCUUAAGCCAGGAUCUUAUGAUACUUUAGUGACUCUGGUCAAGGACAUUGAUUCAAGAAUGGUUAACAGUAUCAGAGCAACAGAGCAAAUUAUGUCUGAAGAGGCAGAUUUAAUGGAGGAAACAAAUAAUGAAGAUAAAAGCAAGUUUGCAGGAGAACUAAGGGAUGCCAGAGAGCCUAGAAUGUCUGAAAGCACACCGGCUUCAUCACAGUCAGCAUCAUCAGCUUCAGCACAGAAAGUUCCUAAUGUUAAAGACCAAUCUGAAGAAGAACCAAGUGGUACGUCUGCAGGCACAUCCUCUGCACAGUCAGGUGAGGCUUAUCUCUAA